UAGUAAAUUCUAUAUAUCUUCAAUGGAAAAAUGUCAAAUUUGACUAACAAAGCGGAAUGGAUAUAAAUGAUUCAUUUUUCACUGCUGGUUGUAAUCAGAUGGAAAACGGAGAGGGGACUAAGGAGCACUUAACUUCCGCGGUGUCCUCUCCUUUUGUUCCACUGGGAAAUGAGUUCUCAUGGCAAAGUCAGAAAUCGGAGGAUGGUGAUGACAUAACUGAGUACUCGUCAUGUGAUGCUGAGUCGGAAUUCGAGAGAUACUGCAGUGCUAACUCGGCCAUGGGCACUCCAACUGUUGGAGGUUCAGUUGUGACUGCAUUUCAUGAGUUUCCUGGAAGCUUCAAAUUAGGGGAUGACAGUUAUAGAGUAAAAGGUUUUAGGGGUUGUAAGAAGUUAUCAGAUUUUAGUGGGGUGGGUCCUUCUACUAGAGGAAGUGAAUAUAGUGGUGGAAAGGGUAGUGCACGAGAGGAGGGGUUGGUGGGUAUCGGAAAGGGAUUAGAUUUGUAUGGUAAUGCAGUAUUCAUGGAUGAGGAAACGUUUUUACAAAACAUGGAUAUGGGUGACGAAUGGUACGUCAAGGAUGACGAAAUGCCAAACAUGAGGAGUGACGAUGGUACUAAGUUAUGCUUUAACAGAAGUUCUUGUACAUCUGACGAAUAUAAGAACGGCGUACUCAUUGAAGGAGACACUGAAGCUUCGGGAGUUGGUAAUAACACAUUGGAAAUUGAAGCAGAAUUUCAGAGGGAUAUUGAAGCUGUAGAUGGGAGCUUGGAGGUGUCAAGUCCGCAACCUGGUACAGCAACUGGUGGAGCUGAGUGUUUGGAUGAAAGUGACGCCUCCUCAAGAUAUGAGUAUUCAGAAGGCGAGGAUUCAAUGUUCGGAGGUAAUACAGAUGAUGAGAAGAAUGAUUCAUAUUUCAGGAAAGAAGUAAAACACUCACAUCAAGAACAUGACAAGAAUGAAUAUAAGCUCGUUAUGGGUUCUGCAGUAGCCUUUGGUUCAAAUGAUUGGGAUGAUUUCAUGCAAGAAAAUGGAGAAUUUACUCCGACUUUAAUGGUGCACAAUGAACUUCAAGCUGAAAACCAACCAAGUAUUGAAAGUGAAAAUGGAUGUUUGAGUUCUGCUUCAACUGUCAAUGCUGAGUUUUCAAGUGUAGGUUUAACAAUGCCUAAAGAAAAGGAGAAAGGUACUCUUCUGCCCAGUUAUCAUGGCCAAGGUGGUAAUGAAUCAACUGAGCACACCACUACUUAUAAUUUGGAUCCUUUGAGUCUUCUGAACCAGGGGAAAGGAGAGAACGCUGAAGGUGAGAAACCGAUGCUUGUUAAGAACAAUGAAACAAGAAAAGUCAAUGAAUCAGCGGAGUUCCAUGACAAGUCUUCUGUUCAUAAUAUGUUGCAAGUGGACCAUAAUCCGCAAAGACAACGAGGAGAAGCCUCUUUUAUAGAGGGUGCUAAACUUAAGGAGGAAGUAUUGGAACCGACAGAUCAAUGUGCAUGUAAUGAGGAAGUUAUUCACAUUACUGAUGAUCUUGUUUCUAGAAAAGCUGCGCCUGAGAACUUAAGAUUAUUCUUGGAACCUCUGUCUCAUUCUGCUACAAGCAAAGAUUAUCUGUCUAUGGAGCAUUCUGAUGAUAGAACAGUGGAACUAUCAGCAGACAAGAGCUCAUCUCCUUCAUCAGCAUCAGUGGCUAAUGAUGCUACAAGGACCAAACAUGGAACGAGGAAUAGUUCGUCCUCCGUCAAUUACUUGGAAGACCAUCUUACAUCAGGCAAGACACACAACCUUGAGUUGAACGAGUUCUAUAAUGAGGUUGUUCAUGAUAUGGAAGAAAUAUUGCUAGACUCUAGCGAAUCUCCUGGGUUUGCUCUUGGAAACAAGAUACAUCAUUCUUAUAUACCUCUUCCUUCUAGAGAUGGUGGUUCUACUGCUUCGACUUCUGUUACAUUUGAUGUUAGUCCUGAUACUCAACGCCCUGUGAGAUUUGAUAGAGUGGAGGUCGUUGGUGCAAGACAGAAGACAGGGGAUGUUUCACUUAGUGAGCGGUUAGUUGGAGUGAAGAAAUACACCGUUUAUAGAAUAAAAGUGUGGAGUGGUGAGGAUUAUUGGGAGGUUGAGAGGCGGUAUCGUGAUUUUUGUGCCCUCUAUCAUCAGUUGAAGAAGUCAUUUGCAGAUCAAGGCUGGAUUCUCCCACCUGUCUGGUCUGCCACUGAACGAGAAUCACGAAAGAUUUUUGGUAGUGCUUCACCUAAUGUUGUUGCUGACCGAAGUGUUCUCAUUCAAGAGUGUUUACACUCACUUCUCCAUGACAAGUUUCGUUCAGGUCCCCUCAAUGCUCUGAUUUGUUUCUUGUCCCCGUCAAAGGAUGUUCCUAAUUCUCCCACUUCUGAUACAAACAUACCUCAGUCUCCAUAUUCUUCAAGAAGCACAAGCAGAGGGGAUGUUUCCAGCUUGGGGAAAAAAAUAUCCCUAAUUGUUCAUAAAAGGCCUCUCAAAUCAAAGAAACAGCUGCUAGAUGAGCAACAUUAUUCUUGUGCUGGUUGCUACAAAAGUUUUGAUGAUGGAAAGACUCGGAUACAGGAACUUGCACAGACACUGGGCUGGGGCAAGCCUCGUCUUUGUGAAUACAGUGGCCAGUUGUUCUGCUCUUCAUGCCACACAAAUGAUAUGGCUGUCUUGCCUGCAAGAGUUCUACAUUGUUGGGAUUUUAAUCAAUACCCAGUUUCUCAGCUGGCUAAGUCUUAUCUGGACUCUAUAUAUGACCAGCCAAUGCUUUGUGUCAGUGCAGUCAACCCCAUGCUGUUCUCGAGAGUCCCAGCACUGCAGCAUGUCACAAAUAUCAGAAAAAGAAUAGAAAAAAUCCUUCCGUUUGUUCGUUGCCCGUUUCGGAGUUCCAUCUACAAAGGGGUUGGCUCUCGAAGAUAUAUUCUUGAAGGCAAUGACUUCUUUGCCCUCAGAGAUCUUAUUGAUCUCUCCAAAGGAGUCUUUGCAGCAGCAUUACCAGUGAUGGUCGAUACUGUCUUGAGAAAGAUUGUGGAGCAUAUAACCGACCAGUGCCUAAUAUGUUAUGACGUGGGAAUCCCCUGCACUGCUCGGCAAGACUGUGAUGAUCCCUCCUCUCUCAUUUUCCCUUUCCAGGAAGGAGAGAUUGAAAGAUGCAAAUCUUGUGACUCAGUUUUCCAUAAGCAUUGUUUUAAGAGGAUAUCAUCUUGCCCAUGUGGCACUCGGUUGAAGCCGGAGCAGGAAGGCAAUGCAACUAAGGGCAGCCAGAACAUGGGCAACUGGGGAAUUCUCUCCUUGGACUUGCUGAGAAAGAGGGCAGACCUCAGUAAGGGGCUCGUCACGGGAUUUUUAGGGAAGGUAAGGUCACUCAAGUCUAGCAGGAAUGAAGACGAGGAGCAUGAAGACAAUAAUGCCAUUAUCUUAAUGGAUUCAUUGCCAAUGACCACCCUCUGAAGGGCUGUACAUACAGAGUCUUCUCUUUUAGCUUUUGAAACUACUGUGAUUAGAAGCUUGUACUUUAAUGGAGGCCUAUUUGGUCUUGUCCUCCCACCAACUUGUAUUCUUUGUGAGUGCGCAAUGGUGAUUCUUUUAAUAUCUCACAAUAAUCGUCCAUUAUAUCCAGUCAGUCAGUUGUAAAUGAAAUAUACAUGAUAUUUGCUUGUAAGUUCAGAAGAUACAUUUGUAUUCAUUUGAAGCCUGACGGUCACUACUUGACAUGGUUCAUUGGAUUUA